AUUCAUGCGGCGGCGCUGGGCGCGGGCGGCGGCUCGGAGAGGCCCCGGCGCGGCGCCUUCCGCCGGGCCUCGGCGCAUGUGAGCGGCGGCGGCGGCGGCGGCGCAGCGGCAGCAGGGCGGUGGCGCAUCGGCCAUGCGGUGGCCCCGCGGCCCCCGCGGCGCCUGGCGGCUGUUGCCCCGACGCUCGCUGCUGGCCGCGCUUUUCCUCUUCUCGCUCUCCUCCUCCUUCCUUUACUUCGUCUAUGUGGCGCCAGGCAUCGUGAACACCUACCUCUUCAUGAUGCAAGCCCAAGGCAUCAUGAUCCGUGAAAACAUGCGAACAAUAGGAGCUCAGGUGUACGAGCAGGUGGUCCGCAGUGCCUAUGCCAAGAGGAACAGCAGCAUGAAUGACUCAGAUUAUCCUCUUGAUCUGAACCACAAUGACACCUUUCUGCAAGCCACAACAUUUCUUCCUGAAGACUUUACCUACUUCCCCAACCACACCUGUCCUGAGAGGCUCCCUUCUAUGAAGGGCCCCAUCGAUGUAAAUAUGAGCGAGAUCACGAUGGAGGAUGUCCACCAGUUCUUCUCAAAAGACCCUUCCAUCAGGCUGGGAGGCCACUGGAAGCCGAGUGACUGCCUGCCUCGCUGGAAGGUGGCAAUCCUGAUCCCGUUCCGCAAUCGAUACGAGCAUCUUCCCGUCCUCUUCAGACACCUUAUUCCCAUGCUGCAGCGGCAACGUUUACAGUUCGCCUUUUACGUUGUAGAACAAGCUGGAAACCAACCCUUUAACCGUGCCAUGCUCUUCAAUGUUGGCUUUCGGGAAGCAAUGAAGGACUUGGACUGGGAUUGUCUCAUCUUUCACGAUGUGGACCACAUACCAGAAAAUGACCGUAACUAUUAUGGGUGUGGACAGAUGCCGAGGCACUUUGCAGCCAAGCUGGAUAAGUACAUGUAUCUGCUCCCUUACAGCGAGUUCUUUGGUGGGGUGAGUGGCCUGACUGUUGAGCAGUUUCAGAAGAUCAAUGGUUUCCCUAAUGCCUUCUGGGGCUGGGGUGGUGAAGACGAUGACCUCUGGAACAGAGUGCAGUAUGCAGGCUACUCGGUGACUCGACCAGAAGGAGACACAGGGAAAUACAAAUCAAUUCCCCACCAUCAUCGGGGAGAAGUGCAGUUCCUAGGAAGGUAUGCCUUGCUGAGGAAGUCAAAAGAAAGGCAAGCCCUGGAUGGCCUCAAUAACUUGAACUACUUUCCAAACGUCACGUAUGACGCCUUGUAUAAGAACAUCACUGUUAACCUGACACCGGAGCUGGCUCUGGUGACCGAAUAUUAAGAGGAGAAAAUAACUUUGCUCUGCCCUUCACCAAGAAAGCACCAUGCUAGACUUUCUUUUCCAAGGGUUAUCGAGGACAAGCAACACUUUGUCUAAUGAAGGAUCACAGUAUUUUGGAGAAUAAGGCUGAAAGUGCACGCACAAAUUGCCCUAGCUGUACCAAUCCAGCCCAAUAUUCGUGCAGCAAGCUCAGCAGUCUUUCUUUUUUUCCGCCACUUGCUUUCUGGGUUUCAGGACGAUUCAACCUGCUGCUCUUGUCUCCACAUUCCUCCUCCAGCAAUCUCCAGCACCGGGACUCGCCUCUGACACGCUUUCUCCUCCAGGAACUGGCUCGGCUGAGGGACUCUGGCUUCUCGAUGGCGAACAUCGGGAGCUAUUUGGUCAGUGGCUGCCUUGGUGGGAGAUCAGACGACUUCUGAUGCCAUUCUUCUAUCUCUGUGCGGUUUUUAAAAUGACCUGCUUGAAGUGUAUACAACAGAAUCGCUUCUUAAAGAAGUGUAAGUGUAAAUAUGCUGUGUAAAUUGCCCCUGUUAAUUUUUCUCCUAUGGCUCAAAUCCAAGCUAGAGGUUUACAUAUGGUCACUCAUUCUAGUCCUGAAUUCUGUAAACACUUGUGUGUGCAUCACUGUACUUGUGCAAGGCGUUCCCUUUUAAGCCAGUGAGACUGCUUGCAUGAUUUAAGCUGUGCAUAUGCAGGAAUGUUUGUGGGACAGGGCCCUAAACUUUCCAGUGUAGUGGAUGGGAAAUACAGCUGUGUCAUCGCUCAUUCCAGAAACCACAGGGGUGGCUUCUUCCAGAGAGAGCGAGGAAAUGGGAAUACUUACGGAAAACCUCCCCUUUCUGUCACUUUUGCAACAUAAUCUACAAAUGAAUCCAAAAGCCAUUCAGAAUAAAAUCCCUUGCCGGUUGCUCUCUGUCCUACUGAUGGCAAGUGUGAGCUUGGCAGAUUGUUCAAGAGCUCUCAUCCAUGCCGCUGCAGGAAGCGCAGCUCCUGGGCUGGCUGCUCUUGCUGACAUGCCGUCCUUGGGACGGGGCAGCUGGCUGCGCUGCCCUGAGCCCGCCCUGGACCGGCAGUGCCCUGCUGUCACUUCUCUAAGGUGAUGGUACAGUUUGGGAGGUUGUUUUAUUUUGUAUUUAUUGUGUAAAUCUAGCAGCACACCAAACUGCUGUAAGUCAGAACGAGGUAGUUCACUUCGUUAUCACCAUUGGCACCUGGCAGCACUUGCACAAGCCCAGCUGGUGGGACAGGUUAGUGAGAGAAAUGAAGGACAUGUGAAUCAAGCUCAUGAAAACAUGAGGACUGGGAACCAGAGAGCUUGGCCCGAUGGCCCAUCCAAAUGGGAGUGCCCCCUCCCUUCUCCCAUCUGCCAUCCCCUCCUUUCCACGGCCGCUGUGGGCAGGCUGGGUUCCAGGCUCUCCUCCCCACUGAUAUCCAAUCCAGUCCUUACGCAGCUCCUACACAGUCACUUUUACUGGACCUCUCUGACUUAAAAGUAAAUACAUUGGGGUUUGCUUUUUUAAUUUGUAUUUAUACAUAACAGUGGUGGGUACUUAACCUCCAAAGUGCUUUAACUUUCUUUUUAUUGUGUUGUUUGCCUUCAGUUUCCUUAACUUCUCAUGGUUUACAUUGUUUUCUCGGUUCUGUGGACGUAUGAUCCCCAUACACAUCUGUUGUGGGUGUGACUGCCCAGGGCAUUCCUAACUUGUAUCCAGAAAAUGUUAGUUUAGAAAACAUGACUUCUUGUUGUGUAGAUCUUAUCGGCCAGUAUGAGAGGACAGCGAGCCUGUCCUUGAAAAGCGCUGAUAAGUUUGUAACUUUGGUUUAAAGUCUUUGAACUUACAUGUGCUUUAAACUCGCUUCUUGAGGGGAUUCAGCCUGGUUAUUUAUAGGCAGAGGUGAGGAUUUGCUUUUUACGGCGCAUAUAGCAAUAAAGACUUCUGCUUCUGAAUCUCAAUCUUUUAAUUCAUGUGGACCCUUUUCAGAUGCUGAACCCAUGUCACCCUGCCCCUCUUUAUGUUCAUCUUGAGACCUUGCUAGAAAUCUGUCAUUGUUUAAUGGUGCUUCAAACAAGGAAUGUAUUUCAACUAGUCCAAGUUCACUACCCCAGGAAUCAUGCAUGUGUGUGUGAGUAGGUGUUAAACUACCUUAGUCGGGAUCCUCAGCCUUUGAUGUGUACCUGACACCCAUCGCACCUUGUGUUGAACAAAAAGCCGUUACCUCUGCUCAGAAAUGCACUCUAUGGUUGGCACAAAAGGGUCCAUCCCCCCCCAGCAGCAUCCCUCAUCAUAGUUCCUUUGUUCUAAUCACAAUGAAUUUUUUUCCCUUUCAAAAAUGUGGAAUAUCUGAAAAUGUGCACUGUUAAUCUUAUCAGCUAUGUCAAAUACUGUAUAGUAAAUGUAAACUUUUAAAAACAUACUGUCAAGCGCAUGUGCUGUUAUGGUGUAAAAAUUCUUGUAUUAGGGAGAACUUGUACAUAUUCUGGCAGCUGAAAUUCAACAAGGCCACUCAUUUGCCCCUUCAUGUCAACACUGUUGAUCAGCCCCACCGGAGGGCAGGUCCUGUUUGAUGCUGAUUUUUUUUUUUUUAAAUGAGCCAUGUGGAUUUUAUUUGCAAAACUACUUACUGACAGUUCAUUAUCUGUAAAGCUCUGCUUCUCUAAGGGAGGUACUGUCUGAGCAACAGCCACAAGCUUUGGGUCGCUCACCGUCAGAAGUGGCUUUAAAAAGUAGCUUUCCAUCAUCAUGGCUUUUGAGCUUGCAGUUAUGUUUUUAAGAGGUGCCAGGGGGACAUUUUUGCACUGAAGACUAGUGUUUUAAAACACACACUUCUCAGCAAAGCAAUCCUUUGUGUCAUUGCAUUUAUUUACCCAUGUGUUUGUACAUUUUUGUAUUUGUUAAUUUAUGAAUGAUUUUUUCAGUAAAAAAACACAUAUUCAAGAACAAA